AUGAUCGAGGUGGUGGCCUCCAUGGCCCGGGGCCCCGUGUUCCUGGCCGGGGAGCUCAUGGAGUGCCUCAUAACUUUCACCAACCCCAUGUCUCAUCUCUCCACCUCUGCGAGCAGUGAGAUGCUGGCGUGGGCCAGUGCGCAGAUCCACUGUCAGUUCCACGCCAGCGAGGGCCGAGUGGCUCUGCCGGCCCGGGGAAACAAGCAGGAC